AAUCCAGUCAUGAGCCCUAAAUAUGGAAGUGGAAACCGUAAUCAUUCUCGAAUAGAUGCAGUGGUAACCAAAAGUGAAACUGAGACCAAGUCACCAAUAGUCUUUCUCCGGGAUUCUAAUCAGGAGAGUAAAAGUAGAAAAAGCUCGGAUUCUAUCUUAAAUGAUAGUGUUUCAGGGUCAAGUAAAAGUUCAGAACUUUCCUAUUCCACAUUUUCAUCCUCGUCCGGUUAUUCCUCUGAUGAUUUCAUAUUAAUGAAUCCAAAAAUAGCAUCCAACUCUAUCUCAUCAAAUGUACCAUCUUCUAAAUUUCCUCUGGAUGCCAAACCUUUAUCUCAAGCGGACUACAAUCAUUUGAAACUGAAUACAUCUACAAGCUCCACCUCACAGGUUUCAGACGUCACUGAUGAAUCGUUAUUGCCAACCGUGUCAAUUACAAAAUCUCCUUUUAUCCAAGUGAUGGACAGACAAGGAGGUUAUGAUCCCAACAGAGUUCCAUCUUCAAUUUUCGAAAGCAAAUCCUCAACACCUAAAGAAUGGAGUGCUGCCUCUGAAGAGUCAUUAUUUAGUAUCAACGUCAGUCUUUCGAGGAAGUCAGCAGAACUACGCAUGUGUGUGGAAUCGGAAACAUGUGAAGAAAUUAGUAAGUCUGGGAAGCUAAUCAGUAGACACUCAUCACCUGUAAAAGGAGGAGAACAUACGGAAAAGAGUUCUGUAUUUGAUACAGAAAGGGGCGUGGUUGAUCGAAGCAACCUUAUUGAAGCAGGAAAUCAACAUAAAUCAAUUAAGAAACAACCACAUUUUGAAGAGGAAAUAAAGUUAAGAGGGAACAGAGAUUAUUCAUCUGCCAUUAGCCAUUCCGAAGGGAAUGGAGGGCUUAGAGACUCCUACAACCAUUUCAAUGAGAUAGAAAGUCCACAGAACCUCUUUGCCAUCCUGCUUAUUACAAAAAAAAGAAGUCCAGAUGGUCGUCAUGCUUCUCUUCCUGUUUUAGCUGUGGACCGUGUUGCUCUGGAUGUCCAAGCUGUUCCUAUAAGUGCUCAGGUUGCUUCUCUUGUAAAUGGCCAAGCUUGA